UCUAUAGAACUAGAGGGAAAACACUUUUAAAUCAGGGAAAAUAUUUGAUUGUUAGUUUUGCAAGUGCUAUUGUUAAAUUACAAUCCCAUUGGUUGCUAGAUCAAGUUGCCUCAGGCCUCAUUUUGAUGAAAAUUGAGACUAUAUGAUUUUAUGGUGAAUUAACUAGUAAACUAUUUCUUUUUGUAUUUAAAUGAUGUUAUUGUUUCCUAAUAAAUUAUGGGUAAUAUACUUGUUGUCAAGCAACACCAGUAAAUAAAUUUGAAAACAAAAUAGCAAAUUGGUAGACAUGACUUCCUGUUGAUUAACUUAAUUAAUAGUUACCCUUGCUUGACUAGUAAAACCCAUAUUCUUAUAUCAAAAGGUAAAAAUUACCAGCCAUUGAAACAUAUAAACCCUCUAUCUUCCUUUCUAACAAAUGAUUAAAUAUUAUUUAAAAAUGAGGAAACUACAAACUGCAUUUUUUUUCAGGUGCUGAAGAUGUCUUUGAUGAUGAAAUGAAGUUGCAAAAGAUAAACCUUAUGAUGCAAUACCUACCACUGACACAGUCUCGUUCACGGCGACCUCUCUCUCUAGAUGAUUGUGUUGUUGCUGAAGAAUAUUUGACCAAGUCUUCUCAUUCCUGGGAUUCUGGCGUUUUCUCACCAUUAUCACUGUCAUCCAGUUCACUUUCCAGUAGUGAUCAAACUUGGAUGUCACCACCCCCUUCAUCUCGACUUACCAGCUCACCAAAGCCAAAAGCAAAGAAACAAUUGUUUUCAUUCCCAGCAGCCCCAUACCAGGAUGUUCUUUCUGACCCUUCCAUGGAAUCUAUAUUUGGUGAUAUACAUGAAGAUAUUGGUGUGUCUUGGAAAACACUUGGACGUUAUAUGCUGAAAAGAGAAUGCAUUCUCAAUAACAUUGAUGAAGAUUACAAGGGUGUUGGAGAGAAAGCAUACCAGUUUCUUUUGAAGUGGAAAGCAGAGGUUGGGGAAGCUGCCACUCCUCAAAGGCUGUUUCUAUCAGUGUUGCAUAUUAAGCGCACAGAUGUUGCCAAGAAGUUGGUGACUUUAGUUCCUUCGCUUCAAGGCUUGUCACAUCUUGUGAUAGACAGUGCUAUUAAAAGUGAAAGUAUCCUAUAUAACUGGAAGGAAGAACCUGAGAAUUUAAAAGUAGAGAGGGUGUUGAGUGAAGAUAAAAAGGUUCUUGUGUGUUUAAGCACAGUGACAUCCCAAAGGUUGGUCCUCAAACAAGAAGAAGGUGAAGUGGAGGCUUAUGCUGUGAGAAAGUGCAUAGAUUGUCAGGUGCUAAGAAAACAAAGCCAGCGUUUGCGCAAAACUGAAGAAUUUCUCAAGGACUUAGAAAUGAAGCAAAAGAUGAUACAAAAUCUGCUUGCUGUCAUCAAACAACUCCAGAACCACCUGCUGAAUCAGCAUCAGUACAUCUCUGGACAAAAAUUCAGCUGUCAAAACUGUGGACUGUACACAUUGAAACAAGACCUUGUCCAAAAAGAGUUGACUCUUUUACACUAUGAACUGGAAAGGAUGAGCCAAACCAGAAACAGGCGAAUCUCAAUCAGUGGUAUUCCCUCUGAAAGAAUCUACAACUUAGCAACUAGGACAUAUUCAGUAUGCGAAGAGCAUCGGGAAAUGCACUUGGAUAGUAAGAGACGCCAAAGCAUGUGUCAGCAUUCUGAAGAGACAAUGGACUCUGAUGACAAUGAUCACAUUGAAGGACCACUGAUGUGUGCAUUAAAUGUGAUAAUUGGUAUUGGUAGAAGACGAAAAGUUACUCAGUCUUUGAAAAGCAAAAAGACCACUUCUGGGGCCAAGAAGAAGCUAGGGAAGGCCAACAGUAAUCCUAUUUCAUCAUCAUCAUCAUCGUCGUCAUCAUCAUCAUCAUCCUCAAGACAAAGCUACUUACUAGCACAAGAAAACCCCAUAUUUAUGCCAAGUUUUGUUCACUCACUUGACUGGUCAGGUGUCCCAGCAUUUAAGAUGUUAUCUGACUUCAAGAGUCCUGUAUCUGGUGGGAACUCCAGGCACCAGGAGCAGCCCAACCACAAGAAAGCUUAUGCAAACCUUGCUGUAACUUCACACAGUGAUGAUAAUGAUCAGUUCCUCCCUCUUAAAUGGCAUAAUGGUGAGUAUUCCCAGAGGAAUUGUUUAUGUAAAAAAUUCCCCCUUGAUAAAUUCACUGCAAUUAUUUUAUGAGAGAAAUUACUUGGAUAGAUAAUAGUUUGAUUUGGUGGCCUGCUUGUUGGUCAUCCAGGUGUAACUUGAACCACUCAUAAUUCUGUAGACAACUUUGGGUUCUUACUUUUGUCUUUACUCCGGUCAACUCUUGGCAAAUAAGUAACCAGGGAGGAUAAUUACUGGUUGUCUGGAUCUGUCAGAAUAUUUAUUGUAUCUCAUAAUUUCUUAGCUGCCCAGUAAUUUGUUGUUUUGUAGGCCGCCAUUAGUUUUAUUGUAAACUGAGUCAAUAAGACUACAACUCUGUUGUUGUAUGGAGAUUUGUUAUGACUUCUAUCAUAAAAGACAGAUAGCAGGCCGGUAUUAUUGCUCCAACUGAGAAGGAAGUGCUCUUUGAAGUGACUUUUCAUGCAGGAUGUGUGCCAUAUUCCACUUGUAGUACAGAAAAAAACUGCUUUUUCUUGUUUAUUGAUGUAUUGUUUUGGUCAUGUUUCAGAUUCAGACACAGAAGAGAUGAUUAUAUAGGUGGCUCAUGGAAGUGAAAUCUUUGUCCUCAACAGCAUCAGCUGUAAAAAACUCACACUCUGCACGUAUAAUAUCUACAUGGACUAUUAACUGUGGUACAUAUCUUUGUUUCUGUGUGGUUAUGAUAUGCAAUGCUAUGUAAUAAUAGUGUUUGGCAGAUACUUGUUUCAUUAGUUUAGUCAGUGUUUUUCUGUUUAGGUACAUGUAAAUAGAUGAAGAUUUUCUCUAGUUUUGUAUCAAAAGUUUUUUUAAUCUUUUGUAGGAGCUUAGAAAUAUCUUUAGUACGGCUUUUUUCGUCUCGCUAGGGCAUGACAUUGCAAAUUUGUUCUAAAGUUUUAAGUAGCAGUAAUGAACUGAAGAGCAAUAGCAACAAUAUUAGUACGCUGCAUAAAAUGUACGUUUCAUACACGAUCGAUUUCUGUGUGAAAUUCCGUCUGUCCAAUGACUUGACUCUAAAAUUAUUACAUUUAUCGACUACAAUAUCGUAUGGCAAAAAUUAUGACCGUAAAUCUGUGCGUAAAAAAACCAAGGAAAACUAAUUUAGAAUUUUAUCGUUAUUUUUUGUUGUACCUAUGCAAUUCCGCCAAUUUCAGUGAGCAUUCAACGCAAUGUUUCCUUCUUAAAAGACAUUUUUAAAUGCACUUUUUACCGCUAACCUGUACGUGCAGUCAAAGAGAAGUUUUACCAAGCUGGGUUGAACCCAGCGAUCCCCGCAGGCGGACAAAAUAGUGUCAUCUAGCAGUACGGGUUAUUCAGAAAGUUGUUUGUUACCUUUUUGUGAGAGGGUAGAAACUAACAAUAGUUCAUUUUCACGUGUUUCGUUCGAUUUGUACGUAUCGUCUAGAAAAUAGUUGAAAUAAGUUCCAAGCUCCGAGACUGCGCAAUAAAAGACAUACACUGUAUGGCUAACACUCGUGAUCGCCAUAAAUGAAACAAAAAAAACAGUUGACAAAAAUUAUAUUUUUACCAAGUGUAAAAAUAAUGGUUGCACUUUUUAAAAGCUAAGACCCGAACAGCUGAAAUCAGUUAUGGCAUUAUAACCAUUGUUCAGUAGUUGUGUCUGAAACUGAAAUUUGGGUAGCUAAGUGGUAGUUGGGUAAAAUGUUCGUCUUUUGGUAGUUAAAGAAAACGCUGCAUGACGCUAAAGAUUACUUAAUUCGCACACGUCUUAAUUUAUAUCUUUUAUUUUUUUGUUAUUUAUGUUACAGUGUCCCCAAUUAGCAACACCAUGCUAAAGUUACACGACACUUGAAUAAAGUUAAUUUAUUUGUUUUUAUUUUUAUUUACGCUAUCGAUAGCUCACCCUAUUUAAAUUGAAACUGACGUUGUUAUUGACGUUUCCUUUUUUUAGUUAUGAGUCAGUUGAUCCCUCUAAAAUAGGAUCUAUGUAUUGUCUUUUCUUCCGUAGUGUUAA